CUGGAAUUUAUUUCCUUUUCCGCCUUCUCCAGUCGCGAUCGUUCUGGCCAUCGCACCGCCUUCUUCCUUCCAUCGUUUCCGACGCCGAUCGCAGUCGCUGUUGUCUGAUCAAUCCUUCCGAUCGCGUGUGCAAAGCGACAGCCCUACGCGACUCGCCGCAUUCGUUCAAUUCCCAUCCUCGCCAUAUCGUGUUUUCGCGCCUGUAAUCCUCACCUCGCCUUCUCUUCGCGCCAACUCGCGCCUUGCCGCACCUGCCCGCACCCGCAUUCGGACACUUGUCAGACUCUUCUCGAGGCAGCUCCUUCCGCUUGUUCAGUCGCCAUCACAACCAUUGAACUCGUCAUCAUGGCGGAAUUCCACCAGCUUGGUGGCCCGGACGAGGAAAACGCUGAGAUCAAACGCCUGAACGCCGAGGUGGAAGCCGACCCCGACAGCUUCGAGGCCUGGGAGAAGCUUAUCCGGGCCUGCGAGUCGCUCGAAGGCGGCCUGAGUCGCAACUCGAGCGCCGAGUCCCUGGCCAUCCUGCGCGAGGCAUACGACCGGUUCCUUCUCAAGUUCCCACUGCUGUUUGGCUACUGGAAGAAGUAUGCGGACCUCGAAUUCAACAUCUCGGGCCCCGAGUCGGCCGAGAUGAUCUACGAGCGCGGUUGCGCAAGCAUCUCGCACUCGGUCGACCUGUGGAAGGAAUACUGCUCCUUCAAGAUGGAGACCACACACGUUCCACACCUGGUCCGAGAGCUUUUCGAGCGCGGUGCCGCCUGUGUCGGUCUCGAUUUCCUUGCCCAUCCAUUUUGGGACAAGUAUCUCGAGUUUGAAGAGCGCCAGGAUGCCCAGGACAAGAUAUACGCCAUACUGUCUCGCGUAAUUCACAUACCAAUGCACCAGUACGCGCGGUACUACGAGAGACUUCGCACCAUGGCCGCGACACGUCCCUUGCACGAGAUGGCCACCGCCGACAGACUUGCCAGUCUGAAAUCCGAGGUGGAGAUGGAGGCAGCCAGCCUUGGCGAGGAAAAGUCAGAGGAUGAGCUCGAAAUUCUCAUCCGUGCCAAGAUCGACGGGGCCUACUACGAGAUCUUUACUAAGAACCAGACGGAGACGACAAAGAGGUGGACGUAUGAGGCCGAGAUCAAACGCCCAUACUUCCAUGUGACCGAGUUGGAUAACCCGCAGCUCGUCAACUGGCGGAAGUACCUGGACUUCGAGGAGCAGGAGGGCAGCUAUGCGAGGAUAUGCUUCCUCUACGAGCGCUGCCUCGUGACGUGCGCCUUCUACGACGAGUUCUGGUUCCGGUACGCGCGCUGGAUGUCAGCCCAGCCAGGCAAGACUGAGGAAGUGCGCAACAUCUAUCUGCGUGCCGCCUCUGUAUACGUGCCGAUAAGCCGGCCUGGUAUCCGACUACAAUACGCGUACCUUGAGGAGAGUAUUGGCCGGGUCGACGUGGCCCGAGACAUCCACAACGCCAUUCUGAUGAAGCUCCCCGGAUGCAUCGAGGUGAUCAUCUCGUUAGCGCACCUGGAGCGCCGCCAAAGCAACGUGGAGGCGGCCAUCGAAGUCUACAAGCAGCAGAUCGACUCGCCCGAGGUGGACAUCUGGACCAAGGCAGUGCUUGUCACAGAGUGGGCGUACAUCCUGUGGAGGGCCAAGGGUUCAGUGGACGAGGCACGUGCUGUAUUCCAGAAGAACGUCCAGUGGUACUCUGGCAGCCGCGAGUUCUGGCAGAAAUGGAUCCAGCUGGAGCUGGAGCAGCCGACAAACGACGAGCUCGAAGCCCAGCAUAGCGAACGCCUGAAGGACAUCUUUGCCAAGCUCCGAGGAGAGAGCAACUUGUCGGCAGCCUCCAAGAAGGAGCUUUGUGCGACAUACCUCACAUAUCUCCAGCAGCGUGGCGGAAAAGGCGCCAUGGAGCAGUUCCUGCUCAUUGAUCGGGAGAUGUUUGGUCCUGCCUCGGUCUCUCUCGCAUCGCCGGGCAAGUCUGGGGCCAAAGAGAACGGAGUUGCCGUCAGUGAAGUCGACGAAGCGACCCGGCAAAAAGCCGAGGCUCGCUACUACAGCUUCUACCAGCUGCAUAUGGACCCAAAUCCUGAGGCGCAGGGCUCUACUAGUUUCCACUAGUCUUUACCUGAAUUGUCCCCCCC